AAGAGCGAGCGGUGCCUGAGGCCGGAGGGAGUGGAGCUGCACUGCGCUCGCGGCCAAGUGCGGGUUAUUACGGUGUUUUACACCGAGGCAGCAUGGCAGCGUUAUGAGUAAAAGUUUAUCGUGGACUUAUUGAUGAGUUUAUCGUAACUCGACCGACUUAGCCAGCUCGCUGAGUGAAAAUGCUGAAGGAGCAGGCGGCUUUUCCUCGCGGGGAGGAUUAUUAGCAGGUCAGACGCUGCAACUGUCUCUCCGACAUGCCCAGGAUUUAUUGGAUUGGACACUAAAUAGGGAAGAUCAAAUUCCAUAUCUGAAAGCUCUUCAAGCAAAAAAUAAAUAAAAAAUAAAAAAAAACCAUAACUCCACUUCCCAUGUGUGCUGACUCAUCUUUUAACCUCCUCACUCUCAUGAAGCUUAGCUAUGCCUUAUACUGUCAAACGACCAAAGAAAGUAGACCCCCCAAUAAAACAAAAUGUUAGGAAGUUGAGAACUUUCCCCGAUAAAAGGCGAUCAGUGAAUUCAAGCAAUCUCAGGGGGGCAACAGUACAUAAAAAGCAACCAGUAACCAGAAAGCCCAAAGCAAAGAAACAAGCAAACAGGGUGGUCCGGAGACGUGCCAUCAGCAAGGUCACCAAAAAGGCAUCCCCAGGAAGAGCAAGCAACACCAAUAAUACAUUUAACAUUACAAGACCUAUCAGGUGCACACGUAGCUCUCAGACCCAACAUGGCCUGUAUGCAGACCUCGCGGGCAGGAGGAGGUCGUUUCGAGGCAGUCAGUUGUCCCAGAUUGUCCUGCAGGAAGUGAAGUCUCCCAGGAGGGUGGUCACAAAAAAGACCAACAAAGGCCAGGAGACCAGGGAACAGGAUACUAUGAAAAACCCCGAACUUUGUGAACCCAGAUGUGAUGUCCAACAAAACAAGGUGCUUGUUCCCAACAAAGAGCAUCCCCCCUUUAACCCUGGCUCUGAAGAAACAAUAGUGGAGGAGGACAGAGAAUCACUUGUUCUCGAGGCUGCUAAGGUGGAAGAAGAAAAGGCAGAGGUCACCUCUGAAAUGGUAGAAAGUGAAAACAACCCUGGGCCCAUUCAAAACACUGACAAACCAAGCACUGAGUUCAAUGAUUUGCUUGUGAACACAUGUGACUCAACCAUUAAAGUGGACUUUGUUUGUACACUUAAUACCUCAGACCUGACAGUAUCCACGCUUUCACAGUCACAUGUAACUGAUACUCAAAUAACUCCAAAAAGCUCUUCUCAGCCAGAUGUCUUUGUGGUGCCCCCUGUAAAUGAAUUUCUUAAAGAAUCAGCAGCACUUCAGCACACUCCAGAUCCUGUCCAAGUGGCGGAUCGAGAGCAUCAGUGCAACUCAGACCUGGAAACCAAAGAGAUCAGUGAUGUGGAUAUGAAAACCAAAGAUGCGAAUGGCAAUGAUGAUGGUGAUGAUGAUGAUGAUGAUGAUGAUGAGGAUAUGUACAAUAAGAAUGAAGGAGCGCUGUCACUCCUGUCAUUGAGCGCAGGUUUUUACUGCAACUCUCUGUCUGGCCUGGACUGUGAGUCUCAAACAACAACUUAUUUCCUAAAUAAACUGUUGAGCAGCUCAGAGAGCACCCAGUCCUCUUUUGACACAGAGUCAGAGACUGGAGGUUCAGGACUGGCCCCAGGAUCUGGAGAAGCAGGUGCUUCUUCCUUCCUGGAGGCAGAAUUACACCAGCGUUUACCCCAAGUUCAGGAGAGUAGAGAGAGAAAGAAGAGGAGGAGAUGUGGAGCAUGUGUGCCUUGCCUUCGCAAGAUCAACUGUGGACAGUGCAGCUGCUGCUUAAACCGAAAGACUGGCCAUCAGAUCUGUAAGCUCAGGAAAUGUGUGGAGCUGAAGAAAAGGCCCUCUCUGAUCUCAGCUGGAGAGGUGAGGUGCAAAGACCUUUCCGACCCACAGAAAAAGAACCGAGUCUCCAAGGUUGAGUCACAGGGCAUCUCAAUAAAUGGCACUAGUUCAGAGCAGAUGGAGGAGGAGGUGCCAGAGGAUGAGGCAUGUGAUGUAUCUCAAGAACACUCUGCUCCACCUGACUCGCCCACGCCUCUCCAGCACGGCCCUGCACCAACACCAGCUGAGAAUGAGCUCCAGCCUGCUGUCAGCUACCAUGCACUUCCUACUCAUCAUGACGCUCACAAUGGUGCUAAACAUGUAAAGCCAAACACUGAGAAACAUACAGAUCCCACCAAAACACAAUCUGAGUCCCAGAGGACUUUGAACAUGCUCACCAGCAUUCAACCACCUGAGGCACUUCCUGAAAAGAUGGAAAAUGGAAAGAUCAAAAUGGAAGAGCCAAGUAUGGCGGCAGAUGAACAAAUUACGUCCCACUUAGAUAGUAGUGUCUACUACGAAGAUGCUUUGUCUACACUAGCAACUGUAGUAUGUUACUCCAUCCCUGAUAGGAAGGCUUUGAAGGAGAAGCUAUUUGGUCCACAGACCUCAGAUAUCUGUUCUUCUAAAAGUGAAAGAGAAGAACCAAAUCAGAGUCAGAAACCCGAAGAACAGAUUUUUGAAAAUCCAGAAGAUGAUGAUAACCCUCAUCAUCAAGACUCGGUUGCACUGUCUUUUCCUAAUAUCCAGUCUUUAGUUCAGCAUAGGAGCAUAAGCAUUGAUCAGGCCAUAGCUAUUGAGGCCUUAACCCAGUUGGCAGCUACCCCAGAAACAGUGCCCCUCAAGAUAGAUAAUCAGGGUCAGAACCCUCAGAAUGAAAGCACAUUAUCCACAAACUUUGCAUCAAGCAAACUUAUACCUCUUCAAGAAGCUAAAUCUCUAUCAGAGGUUGUUUCCAAUAAGGUCCCAGUAAUUAGUUCAUCAUUGCAUCAGACAUCUGUUAUUUGCAGUCCAUUCAACAGGCAAGAAAAUUCCACCCACUGCAGCACACCCACCCCGUACAAACUCUCUUUACAUGAUCUCUUAAAGGCUAGCUCAGAAUGUGAAAAAAUCUUGCACACCCAAGGGAAUGGAAGAUUAAGUCAAGCACUUUGUAAAACAGAGAGGAUAGAUGGCACUUUUAAAAAGGUCAAACAUAUUGAUAGAACACAUAGCUCAAGAAGGAGAGAUGAAGAGGAGGUUGCUGCCCAGUUGGUGCAGCUUGCAUUCAUGAUCGAAUCACAACACAAGCCAGUAUCUUCUGAAAACAGUCCACCUAAGGGAUUGCCAGUUCAGACCAUAAAAUGCAAUCACCAUGCCAUUGGGCAACAUUUUAAAAGGCAAAGGAAAACAAAAUCAACCUCCUCGAGUCCAAGGAUAUCAAAAAAGAGAGCCACUGAGAUUGAGGGAGGAAAUCACAGGAUACCACUAGCCAAGAGAUCACCCAAUGGCAAAGCACUUCUCAAGAUGAAGGGUAAAAGGGAGGCCUUGCAGCAAAAGGCAAAAUUGCACUCCAAAAGGAAUCCGUUUCUGCCCCAGACGCAAAUAGACUUGAAAAAAUACUUAGGACAUGCCAAUAAUGAAAAUAGGCGACUUUUCCAUUUCAGCAACUCCCACAAGAGAGAGCACUUGGACCUGCAGGGUCUCAUGAGCUCUGGGAACCAGAACACUCAGCAUUUCAAAACAGACCAUGCAGCUUUGGAUCACUGCCAUGGCUACCAGUGUCAACCAAAUGGACAUUGUCAUAGUCUCACAAAUGGUCACAUAGGUGCUACCCAAGGCCAGAGGCAUGAAUGUGAAGAACAUUUUAUUUCUCAGGUAUCGAAAACCCACAGUGUGCUGAAUCAUGGUGCUAAAUCACAAGCCCCCUGUGCCAUGCCUAAUGGCCAAAGGCCAGACCCAUCAGUCAGUCCAGGGAGGCAACAUAAAGUAAACAGUCUCAACUAUGAGCCACGUCAGGCUUCCACUGAUCAGAACGGGUAUUACCAAGUAGAGACAUCCGGCUCUGUGACCGUGUUGUCUGUGUCAGCUCAGCAUAUGGAAAAUGGUGAUGUAGAAUGUCCCGAAGAACACACUCCCACCAAGCACACACUCAACAGCUUUUUGGAAUCUCCAUUAAAGUUUCUGGACACCCCAGCCAAGAAUCUGAUCAACACUCCCUCAAAAAGAACAUUGGACCCUCCCUCCUGUGACUGUAUGGAACAAAUCACUGAGAAGGAAGAAGGCCCAUUCUACACACAUCUUGGAUCUGGGCCAACUGUAGCGGCAGUACGGGAGUUGAUGGAGAACAGGUAUGGGGAGAAAGGCAAAGCCGUACGCAUGGAAGUGGUGGUAUAUACAGGAAGAGAAGGGCGAAGCUCACAGGGUUGUCCAAUAGCCAAGUGGGUUAUCCGUCGGGGUAGUGAAGAGGAGAAGUUGCUGUGCUUGGUGCGUCAGCGCACGGGUCACUGCUGCCAGAAUGCAGUGGUGGUCAUCCUCAUCCUAGCCUGGGAGGGCAUCCCACGCAGCAUGGCUGACAGACUGUACCAGGAUCUCACCAACACUCUCUACAAAUACGGCUCACCCACCAGCCGCCGCUGCGCCCUCAAUGAGGAUCGUACCUGUGCUUGCCAGGGUCUGGACCCAGAGACCUGUGGAGCCUCAUUUUCUUUUGGCUGCUCAUGGAGCAUGUACUACAAUGGUUGCAAGUUUGCACGCAGUAAAGUGCCCCGAAAGUUCCGACUGCAGGGUGACUACCCUCAGGAGGAGGAGAAGCUUGAAAGCCAUCUACAGACUUUGGCAACAGAUGUGGCUCCUGUGUAUAAGAAACUUGCACCUGAAGCUUAUCAAAACCAGGUGGGGCAGGAAGAGUUGGGGCAAGACUGUCGUCUGGGCAAAAAAGAGGGUCGUCCAUUCUCUGGUGUGACGGCAUGUGUGGACUUUUGUGCUCAUGCUCACAGGGACACACACAAUAUGACCAACGGGAGUACUGUGGUGUGCACUUUAACGAAAGAGGAUAACCGUGCAGUGAGAAACAUUCCAGAGGAUGAGCAGCUUCAUGUCCUUCCUCUCUAUAAGAUCUCAGAGACUGAUGAGUUUGGGAAUGUAGAGGGCCAGAGGGCUAAAAUGGAGACCGGAGCCCUGCAGGUGCUCUCUUCCUUCCCAAGAGAAGUGCGUAUGCUGGCUGAGCCUGUCAAGUCUGCUCACAAGAGAAGACUGGAGGCCAAGAGAGAGCGAGAGAAAAAGAACAGCCAGGAAAAGAAGCAGCUCACCCCAGCAAAAAUGAAGAACGAUCCUCUCAAAGGUUUUAAAAGCACUUCACCCUGUUUUAAAAUGGAGCCACAGAAUUACUGUCCUCCGAUGCGUGUCACUCCAGACAUGCAGACACGCUUUUUAAGUUUAAUAGGUUCAUCCAGCCCUUACAGCAGCAUGGACUGUACUCAACAAGUGGGUCCUAGUGAACACACUGCAGCACUUUCUCCCUACUCUAACUGCAACCUGCCUCCCCCUCCCCAGUUUGCAGAACAGAAGCCCUUCAGGAACCAGCAGGAUAUACACAGCUCCUUAGAACCCAAGUUCCAUGGUUUCAGUGACUACCAUUUUGGAGUAAAGACAGAACCCAAGGAGGUGCACUGCUUCCAGGGUGGAGCUUCUCCGAGACUGCUGUCUCCAGCCCAGGCUGAGGGUCUCCACAGCCGACUGAACCAAGCACAGCCAAGCCUGGAUAACAACUACCACCAUGGACCAGCCACAACCUUGCGACCCCUGACCCCGGAAGAGAUUAAAGCUGAAGAGGUGUGGUCAGACAGUGAACACAACUUCUUGGAUGGGGAUAUCGGUGGGGUCGCAGUGGCGCCGUCUCACGGCUCCAUCCUCAUUGAGUGCGCUCGGCAUGAGCUUCAUGCCACCACUCCCAUCCUGCGGCCUAACCGCAGCCACCCCACCCGCAUCUCUCUCGUCUUCUAUCAGCACAAGAGCCUCAAUGCACCAGGCCAUGGCUUGCUCCAGUGGGAGGCCAAGAUGGCCGAAAAGGCCAGGGAGAGAGAGGAGGUGGCUGAGAGGCUGGGAACUGAGGCUGCGAAUGUAGGGAGGUCGAAGGUAGUUAAGAGAGAUUCAGAAAGUGAAGAGGAAGAUGGAUGGCAAGAUGAGAGGGAGGAGACGAAGGUCCCUACUCGCCAAUCACUAACAGUUACUCGGGACAACAUCAUCAUGUCAUCCCCAUAUGCGCUUACUCACGUCACUGGGCCUUAUAACCGCUGGACGUGACCGUGGCCAUGCCACUUUUAGCUAAUGCCUUACCUCAGUCAGAUCUCUCUGUCUUUAACACAUGCUUUUUUUUUUUUUUAACUUUUCGCUCUACAUCUCAGCUUUUCACGUGAUGCUGACUACAUUUGUCAGGUUUUAACUGUGAUAUUUGGUGUCUACUUUUUUUUUUUUUUUUUAAAGAGAUGGUGCUCACAACAGAUGUUUUAAAAGCUGGUUUUAUACAAAGAGAUGGACUUAGUUCAUAGAAAAUGUGACUAUUUAUUGGGAUUUUUUUUUUUUUGCGUGCAACAGUUUGUAUUUAAUUUCUGGUCCAAGCCUGUUUACUGCAAUAUUACUGUGUCAGCCUGAACAUGAUGUGUGUAGUAAACACUCAGAAUUGACAUUGUACAAUGUGAAUUCUAUUGUUUUUUGCCUCAGCUUGGGUGCUCUUUCAAUAGUUGCUGUUUUAUGGUGCCAUUGUAGCAGUAACUUUGAAUAACCACAGAAUGACAUACAUUACUAUUUUAAAGUAUUGUGACACAGUUGGUUGUUUGAUAGAUUUGAACAUGUAGCAUUGUUUUGUUUUGGUUUUUUUUCAUGUAAUGAAGGUACAUACAUGCUGAAUUAUUCCCAUUACACAUUGCAUUGUUUGAAAAAAGAAAGCACUUUGAAACAACUUGACUUUUGAAAUGUCCUGUAUGCACAGUUUUUGUUUAUAAGCGACCUCCUUCAUCCAAUAUCUGUAUAUAUGCUUUGUAAGUUGGUUUGGAACCCAUUCAGGAUUUUUUUAACCAUGCUUAUGAAAGCAAUAAUCAUGGAAGGUUAUAUGCUGCAUUUUGAUAAUGUGUGGUAUCUAAACCAUUUUAUUACUGGAAUUUGCAUAAAAUACAAUAUUAUUACUAGUUUCCCAGUUGUUUAGGAUUUUCAGCUCCACCAGAGUAUGAAACAAGACUUGAAAACAGCAUUUUAUAUAAUCUGACAUGUAAUAGUUUGUCACAUAAUGUGUGCUAAAAUGCAUCAAUAGUUUUACUGUAUGUUUCUCCAUGGUGCUUUUUUUGAAGACCUACUAUACAUCCAACUGAUAGUAGAGCAUUUUAUGAUUUUUUUUUAAUCGAUUAAUGGUGUUUUUUUAUUUGAAAUAAAUCAUGCCAUGUUUUACAAUUUGCAUUCUUUGUAAAUGUCUGAAUAUUAGUUUUUGAAACCAGCAUAUGUUUGUCAUACUGCUACUCCAUUGCCUGAAAUGGUGUAUGGUGCUUCACGACUAUGUUCACUGUACAAAUGCUUUCUAAGUUUUAUAUUAGACAUGUGUUGUUGCAAUUUAGGAAAUCCUAGGUUUUUCCGGUCUUUUUCCAUAAGGUGCUUAAAGUUUACUGUGUAAAUGUAUAUUAUGAUGUACUCUCAAAAAAUUUUAUAUCGAAGGCAUUUGUGUCUAGAAAAGAAAAAAACAUUUCUUCAUGUCACUUGUGUAAAAUCACCUUUUAUAGUUUUUUCCCUUACAGCAAAGCAGAGAAAGUUCUUACCAAAACCCAAUAGGACCUUCUGAAGACACAAAGUGGCAUGGAUAUAUUCAUUCUAGUGUACGUUUCCAAUUAAAGCUACUUUUGUUGAACCAGGA